AUGUCGACUCCUAGAGAACAACAUAACGCGUCAGAAGAGCCCAAUUCCGGGCCUACGCGUAGGAUUACGCAAUCCCAAUCGCGCAUAUAUGCCCAACACGAACAAAGGCAGUCGUCGGGACAUCCUGCCGAACUCUCCUCCGACUAUUUGAAUAUUCCCAAUCAAGCAGGCCCGGCCUUGACACAUGAUACCGCGAGAGUACAUGGCCGGAAGCACAGCCGAGAGGAUUCAACCUCCGCUUCCAGCUUUAAACGGUCAAAAUCAUCUAUCUCUUGGCGAGAUAACAUAGAUAUUCUCGAAUUAUUGAUACCCAGCGUGGAACUAUACAACCCCCACGAUUACAAGACCACUCUACAGUUUUUACCUGAUGACGUUCGAUCACUAUACGAGCAGAUCCAUACUGCAUCGAUAGGAGGGGGUAUUCUGCCGGGCGAGAUUCAGGCGGAUAUUAUCGACGCAGAACCUGGACUUGGGGAACAUUAUUUCCGACCUGUGGAUGAAACGAACCUUGCCGCUUCCAAAAAGAUUUGGGAAAAAAUGAAAGAUCUAAGGUUAACGGCAUCGUCAUAUGGUCGGAGCGAAUCCUUCGAGGGUAUGCGGCAUAUAUUUGUCUUUGCGCCAUUUCUAACCCUGGUGUUUGAGGAACCCGGCAAGGCGGUUCCCCCGGUAUGCUCGCGGAUCGUUUCAAUCUCAGGAACCCCGCUCGAAGAAGAGUAUAUACCCAAGCUCAGGGUGUGUAAAGAAGAGGACAAAGACCUCCUCGAUAAGAAGAUCGAUUGGGUUGUAGCUGUGGAACUCCCAAAAUCGUCAACUCUGUAUGAUACUAUUAUACAAGCUACCGAAACCCGGAGAUUACGAGAUUUCAAUGCUACGGAGGACUAUGGGAUUCGGUAUAGCCCCAUUGCAGUAAUGAUAGAAACGAGGCCUACUAUACAGCGGUCUGAUCCUCUCGUCCUGUUGACCUGUUGGGCAGUAGCACGGCGUAAGAAAAUGCUCCAUCUUCGCCAAAAUCUCAACGACACCCGCAAUGUUCCGUCGAUACCCUUGAUCGAAAUGGUAGGGGAAACAUGGUAUCUUUACUUCGCAUGUGAUGGUGAUCGUGGGCUGCUCAAUAUCGUCGGCCCAAUUCCUAUCGGGGGAACAUUGACGUACAUCGACAUGUACAAAGCAUAUACGAUUCUGACUGCGAUUCGGGGGUGGGCGGAAACAACGUACCUGGCCGCAAUAGAAGCAUGGCUGGGAGCGGCAGAAGGGGGGCAGUCUUCAGUAUAG